AUGGAUCCCAGUAUCCAACCCAAUGGAGUCUCAGCUCCGAAGCCGGUGCUGUUCUUUGAUAUUGAUAACUGUUUAUACCCGCGGAGCUCAAGGGUACAGGACCAUAUGGCGCAACUCAUCGACGAAUACUUCGCAAAGCAUUUGUCACUCUCCUGGGAGGACGCAGUGAAACUGCACAAGGAAUAUUAUACGAACUAUGGCCUAGCUAUUGAAGGCUUGGUGAGACACCAUCAAAUCGAUCCUCUGGAGUACAACUCAAAGGUCGACGACGCCCUUCCCCUUGAGGACAUUCUGCAGUACAACCCUGAAUUGCGCGAGUUGCUUGAGGACGUCGACAAGAGCAAAUGCACCAUGUGGCUUCUUACCAACGCCUAUGUCAAUCACGCUAAGCGUGUUGUUAAACUACUCCGGAUCGACGACCUCUUUGAUGGACUGACCUUUUGCGAUUACGGAGCUCAGCCGUUGGUCUGCAAGCCUGCCAAGGAGAUGUACCUCAGAGCCAUGAAGGAGGCUGGUGUAGAAAAGAUGGAGGACUGCUACUUUGUUGACGACUCGUACUUGAACUGUCAAAAGGCCACAGAGUACGGCUGGAAUGUGGCGCACCUGGUGGAGGAGGGACUGCCCGUGCCGAGGACGCAGGCAUCCAAGCACCAGAUCCGACACCUUAGAGAGCUGCGAGAGGCAUUCCCUCAAUUCUUCAAGUCAAAGAACGUCUAA